GAGCCCCAUUUCCCCCCAAUUCAUCCCGCCCAAAUCCUCAGACACCCGCCGCGCGCCGCCGCCGCCAUGGCCGACGACUUCGCCUCGCCGCCCUCAUCGGCUCCCGCCCCUCGCCCGCGGGCGGCCGGAGGCGUGUACCAGGUGGCCGGCGUGGCGGUGGAGUUCCCCUACAAGCCCUACGGGACGCAGCUGGCGUUCAUGGGGCGCGUCAUCGCCACGCUGGACCGUGCGCGGCGGCAGGGGCGGUCGCACGCGCUCCUCGAGUCCCCCACCGGCACCGGCAAGUCGCUCUCCCUCCUCUGCUCCGCGCUCGCCUGGCAGCGAAACUACCCGCUCCGCGCCCCCGCCCCCGCCCCCGCUCCGCCCGACCCGCUCCUCCACGGCGGUGGAUUCGUCGCCGACGACACUCAGCCGCAGGAGACGCCAGGCAUCCCUGAGAAGGCGACCAGGAAGAAGAAGAACGCUCCGACCAUCUACUACGCUACGAGGACGCACGCGCAGAUAACCCAGGUUGUCCGGGAGUACCGCAAAACGUCAUACCGAGUGCGCAUGUCCAUCUUGGCCUCAAGGAAGCACUACUGCGUCAAUAAGUUUGCAUGCAUGAGUGACAACAUUGAUGAGCAAUGCAAGUCGCUGCUAGAUGAGAAUGGUCAAGGUUGCCCAGAAUUCAAGAAUGCACAGAAACUAAGUCGGCAUCCAUCCCUUCAGAUUGGUGGCUGCUAUGAUGUUCACGAUAUUGAGGAUCUCAUCAGGGUUGGACAGAAAGUGAAGGGAUGUCCGUAUUUUGCUGCACAACACAUGGCAGAAGCAGCUCAACUGGUUUUCUGCCCAUAUAACUACCUAAUUAGUCCGAUUGUCAGAAGAGCGAUGGACAUUGAUAUCGGUGGUUCCAUCAUUAUUCUUGAUGAGGCACACAACAUAGAAGAUAUAGCACGUGACUCCGGAAGUGUUGAUCUCGAUGAAGAAUCACUUUACUUGUUGCAGGCAGAACUAGCAAAGUUGGCCGCUGAUGAGGCUGUUGCAAUGAUUUACCAACCAUUGCAUGACAUCAUUCAGGGUCUUAUCGGUUGGAUUGCUGAGCGGGAGGGCAAUCUGCAGAAUCAUGAGUUCGGACAUCCCGCUUCAUAUUGGACUGGUGAAAAGGCUAUGAAAGAACUCCAAUGUGCUGGUAUUUCUCCAAUGUACUUCCAAGUAUUGCAAGAAUGUGCAAUGAAGGCAGUUAAAGCUGCUUCAGAUACUGAAUCAGAUGGAGCACAUUUAAGUGGUGGUCGUGCUAUGACACUAGAGAGUCUAUUCUCUUCAUUGAGUUACUUUUUUGCUCAGAAUGGGCGUAAUUCGUGUGAUUAUCAGCUUGCUUUGCAGCGUUUUGUUAAAAAAGAAGGCAAGGAUGAAAUUUCUUCCAAAUGCACGAUGAGUUUGUGGUGUCUCAAUCCUGCUGUUGUUUUUCAAGAAAUUGCAGAUCUAACCCUUUCGGUGAUUCUGACAUCCGGCACACUCUCACCGAUGGGUUCUUUUACAUCUGAACUUGGUGUCCAGUUUGAGGCUUGCAUGGAAGCUCCUCAUGUAAUCAAUGUUGAUUCUCAGGUUUUUGCAGCUGUGCUAUCAUCUGGUCCAACAAGACAUAGAUUGAAUGCCAGCUAUAAAACUGCAGACAGUUCUUCUUUCCAGGAUGAACUUGGAGCUUCACUAGAAGAAAUAUGCAAAAUUGUGCCUGGUGGUGCUCUAGUGUUUUUUCCUAGCUAUAAGUUGUUGGACAAAUUACAAGUGCGGUGGUCUCAGACAGGUCAAUGGGCACGACUGAAUGCUCAGAAACAUAUGUUUGUUGAGCCUAAGGGAAGUACUGAGGAACUCGAGCCUGUUCUAAAAGGGUACUAUGAUGCAAUCCUCGGUAAGGCUCCUGUCAAGAAAGGCAGAGGUGGUGCAAAACAAAUAGUGAAGAAUCGAGUGACAAAGAAUUCGUCACAGGAAUCAGUUAAAGCAGGAGCUGCUCUUCUUGCAGUUUGUCGUGGGAAGGUAUCUGAAGGGAUUGACUUCUCUGAUGACAACGCUAGAGUUGUGGUCAUUGUUGGCAUUCCAUUUCCAAAUAUAAAUGAUGUUCAAGUAAAGCUGAAAAAGAGAUAUAAUGAUUCAUACAAAUCAUCAAAACAUCUGUUAAAUGGGAGCGAAUGGUACUGUCAUCAGGCAUUUCGUGCUUUGAAUCAAGCUGCAGGUCGAUGCAUUCGUCAUAAAUCUGACUAUGGAGGCAUAAUUUUAAUUGAUGAGCGAUAUCAGGAAGACAGAAAUCUUGUCUACAUUUCCAAAUGGCUUAGGAAUGCAAUCAAGCAGUAUGGUAGCUUCCAGGAUACAAUGGAUGGGUUGAAAAAGUUCUUUCAAAAUGCUGAGGAAAAAAUAAAAAACAAAGAUUGUGACAUGUUCCCCAAGAACAAAUUGGAUAUCGAAGCACUUCCAUCUCUCAGUGAUAAAAGAAAGCUACCAUGGCCGGCAUUGAAUUCCUCAAACCACUCAGUACCACAAAAGAAUCAGAAGGUAAAGAUUGAAUGCCUUAGCGAGAGUGUUUCAAAUAUUGAUGGUGGGGCAGUAGAUCAAAAAAAGGUGGGUUUGUUUUAUACAUCACCAGAAGUAUCGAAAAUUUCUUUGAAGUCUUCUCCUUUAGCAAGGAAAGAAAUCUCUCCAACGCCCAACAGUCUUUCAAUGGCAUACCAACUGCCUCCCUACAAAGUCCAAUCUAAUUUCGAAGGUGUAACCGACACUGGGGCGAAUUAUGGAGUCAAAACAGAAGUUAUCAAUUUGGAAGAGGAUGAUUUGAAGCCUCGGUAUGCAAAGUUUACUAUCUUGAAUCCAUUAGAAGAUAGGUCACAGCCGCCUACUCUUGUUGAGGAAACUUCUGCAGAGGCUCCAGUGGCUAGUCCCAGCAAUUAUUCUGAGGUAAACACCUCAACAGCGAUAAAUAAUGGUGGAGAUCAGAUUGUAGACAUGCCCUUUUUGCUUUCAAGCACAAACAGAAAUAUUUCUUGUCUGUCCACAUCAGCAGCUACUCCUGAAAGAACAGCUAACAAGGGCUGUCAUUUGGAGAAUGAGUCUUUGAUAAACAGAAGUGUCAAUUCCCACUACCUGAAAAAGAGAAGGUUGAGCUCCCCAAUUAGUUGUACUUACACAGAACAUUCUAAUUCUCCAACCGAAUCACUCUGCCGUACUGAUUGUGCCGUUAGCAUAGUGUCUGGGGAUCUGAAGAGAAAUGCUGAACUGUGUUGUAAAAAUACGAAAAUGGCCAAGUGUGAAAAUGUUAAGCUUGAAAGAAACCACAAGCCGGAAGAGGUUUCAGCAAAGAAGUCUACGCAAAAAAAGCUUCUCAGCUGCACCAAAUGCAAAACAGCACUUGGGUCAGAGGAAGAUGGGUUUCUCAUUACAUGUUCACAUUCUUCAUACUCAAAAUAUGACUUGGCGUAUAUUUUGAGACAUGGACUGUCAACUGCUGGCUUCCUGGAGGAUGAUUUUUCGGCAUCACCACCAGCGGAGGUACAAAUAAUGGAGUGUGAUGCCUCUUCACUCGACCAGAAUAUCCUUGGCAAAUUUAGCAACCAAGGCUCCGGUCAUCAUUCUGGUGUUUGGUCUGGAAAGGAUGGAUGUGUGUACAGGGCAGUAACCUGCCCUUUCUGCUCUUCUGGAAAUGCAUGUGCCACGACCCUCGGUGUGCAAGUUCUUGCAACUGAUAUACCAAAUCAACCAUUGGCGGAGAAGGUGCUCUUGUUCAAUGAUCGUUUGGAUGUCAAGCCUGGGCCAUCAAAGGGACAGGUUGUAAGGACUCACAAAGAUUCUGGUAACCAAAUCUCAGCGCCACCAGUGAUUGAUCUGGAGUCUUUUGCGUAUAAACCAGUGAAGAAGGAUCCUGUGCCACUGAACUCAAGAAGAUCUAAGCUUAGGUUACCUGCCACGAACAAAUCCACAGCUGGUACAUAAUAUGGAAGGAUCCAUGAGAUGAGACUCCGUAUCUGCUCUUUGCGACGAAGCAUAGGGACGAACUCGUUCUGCAACUCGCUGCAUUUGGGAAGGAGAUGGCAAUUAGCUAUGGAGGUGCAAAUAUCUACGUGGAUUAGAGCAGUUGUUCCCUGAGCUGAAGUGAAAUGUAAUAUGCAUGCCGUGGCAGUAGGAUGCUGAUGUAAAUACAGAAUUGACAAUUGCGUUCUGGUGUGUGUUUAUGGAGUGUUGUUUCAGAAUUGCAAUUGUGUUGUAAUGUAAAUACAUUGGGAAUCUUUGCAAGG